CACCUGUUUUCUAAUGGUUCCUUGUCUCUUGUAUUCUUUCAGAUAUAUUGCAACUCCGAUUGGGAAAAGUUUGGGCAUUCGGGAAAUUAAUCACCGGAAACCAUCUCCAUGCAUUUAUUUAGAGGAAGCUUUCAAGAAAAGCAGAACCCCCAGCCACCAGGCGUUAGAAAGUUAUUCAAAGAAAUUAGAUCUUUCAGUAAGACAGAUCCAACGCUGGUUUCGUCUUCGAAGGAAUCAAGACAAAGCAAACACGCUAACUAGAUUUACAGAAUCCUGCUGGAGAUUCACUUACUAUUUAACCAUAUUGAUAAUUGGUACUAUAAUAUUGUAUAAUAAAGUCUGGUUUUGGGAUUCAACAGAAUGCUGGCCGAAUUACCCGCAUCAGCAUGUGCCUUCAGAAAUCUAUUGGUACUACCUUGUCGAGCUGUCUUACUAUGUUGGUUCCAGCCUCAUGCAUUUCACCGAUGUUCGCAAGAAGGACUUCUGGGAACUCUUCAUCCACCAUAUUGUUACCAUGACAUUGAUGUUUAUUGCCUGGAUCCAAAACAUUAUCCGAAUAUCUUGUCUCAUCCUCCUUGUUCACGAUAUGGCUGAUCCGUUCCUCGAAGCUACCAAGAUGGCCAGCUACUCCGGACACCGCAAAUGGUGUAACCACCUGUUCAUUGUAUUCACAAUUGCCUGGUAUAUAGGACGCCUCUACAUUUUCCCUUUCAAGAUUCUCUACAGCACAUUGUUCUACGCACCAACUGUGACUGGUAUGGCCCCUAUCUACUACUUGUACAACGGGCUUCUUGGGUCCCUACAGCUGCUGCACAUUAUAUGGACCAUCAUCAUCACAAAGAUACUCUACAAUCGUUUAAAGACCGGCGAGAUAAAAAAAGAUGAGCGCAGUGAGAGCGAAGAGGCAGUGAGCGACACAGAAACAGAAACCGCACAGAAAACUGCGGUCAACAACUGCACAUAAGAUGCGCAAGACGAUGGUGCAGCAGUACUCCCAAGAGGUGUGAGCGUGUGUGUGCGUGUGCGUGUGUUUGUGUGUGUGUUUGUGUGUGCGUGUGUUUGUAGGUGGACUGGGUGGGCAGAGGUCGAGGUGUGGAGGGUAGGAGUGGAGGAGAGGAAACGGAAGAGGAUGGACACGAUGAUGAGGAUGCUUUUUGUGGGGUGUUGAUGACGAUGACGGUGGUGAUGCUGACGGCGACGAUGGAGAGGAUGGUGAGGGUGAUGCUGUCUACGUUGAUGCUGGUGAUGAUGGUUUUUAUCAUUGAAAGUAUCUACCAUAAACUGCUGGGCGGGGGGGGGAGAGAGAGGGAGAGCAAUAGACAGAGAAUGGAGAGAGGUGGGGGUAGAAACGGCCGUAGGGGAGAAAAAACAGAAAGAGGAUGAUGAAAGGGGGGGAAAGAGAGUAGGAAGAGAGUGGGUGUGUGUUAAGGGAAAAAGAGAGAGUAAAGACCAAUGAGAGGAAGGGGGAGAGAGAGAGAGAGUGAAGACAAUUGAUAGAGGAGGGAAGAAUAUGAGCUAAUGAGGGAGGGGGAGGAUGAUGACUGAUGGGAGAGGGAGGAGGAGAGAAUGGAGGGAAUGAUAGAUAAUUAAAAAAAAAUUUUUCCCUCGUUAAUUUAAUUAUUUUAGAUUAUGAUUUUUUCAUUUCUUUAAAAUAUUUAAAACUAUUUAGAGGGUACAGUGUGAGAACUGGAGGACAUAAACAUGGUGUGGGAGUGAGGAACAAGUUAUGGUGUGGUGGCCAUGGGAAGAGGUGUGUUGUGGCAGUUAGGACAAGUUGUGUGAUAGUGAGGACAUGCUGUGUAGCGGUUAGGACAUAUUGUAUACUAUAGAGCUGCGUGAUUCAAGGACAUGUACAGCAAUUAGGACAAACUGUAUGUUAUAGAGUUGUGAUAGGGAGGACAUGUGUAGAAAUUAGGACAAAUUGUAUGUUAUAGAGAUGUGAUAGGGAGGACAUGUUUGUGUAGCAAUUAGGACAAACUGUAUGUUACAGAGAUGUGAUAAGGACAUGUGUAGAAAUUAGGACAAAUUGUAUGUUAUAGAGAUGUGAUAGGGAGGACAUGUUUGUGUAGCAAUUAGGACAAACUGUAUGGUAUAGAGUUGUGACAGGGAGGACAUGUGUAGCAAUUAGGACAAAUGUUAUAGGGUACUGGGGUACAGUAUGAUAGUCUGGGGACAAGUUGUGCGAGUGUUGUGUGGCAGUUAGGACAUAUGUGAUGCAGAUAUUAGGACAUCGUGUGUAGUGCAUAAUGAAAUGUAGUUUUGCAGUGUGAGCCUGUUGGCCUGGGGACUUAGCUGUCUGUAACAACCAGGGUCUUGAACAUACCAUUCUGUAUCAGUCUGCGAUGCAUUGUUGCACCGUAUCCUGCAUGUUGCAGCUAUAUUCUGUGUACAUGGAUGCACAAUCAAAUUACACUACACUGCACAUGGUGCAGAGUAGCUGCAGCUGGGAUGGUACGUCGCUUGAAGCGAAUGCCGGUGUGGGUUGCAUUUCACCUGCUGUCCAGUUUGGUCUUGGGUGAUUCAGUGAUGUUCAUCAUGGUCCAGUUAACAUCUUCCUAAUUAAUUAAUACCUUUGCAACAUAUUACUGCAUUUCCUCUCUCCCUCUGUCUCCACCUCCACCCCCUCUUCUCCGCCUCUGCCUCUCCUCCUCCUCUCUCUUUCUCUCUCUCUCUCCCCCUCUACUGCUCUUUCAUUAUCCCUCUCCUCCCCCUACCACUCAUUAUUUACAAUUUCAUUAUGUUGGGUAUUUUUUUUUUCCAUUUAAAAAAAUUUUUAAUAUUUAAAAUAUAAAUGAAAAAAAUCCAUUGUUACCACCACCACCACACCACCACCACUACCACUGCUACUACUAUUGCUGCUGCUACUACUAUUUAUGCCGUGGAUUGGUUGAGUUGGUAGAGCAAUGGACAAAAAUACUUUUCACUAUUUUAGUUACAGGCCUUUACAUUCUAAGUUCAAAUCCCGCCGAGGUCAACUUUGCCUUUCAUCCCUCCAGAGCCGAUAAAAUAAAGUACCAGUGAUGUACCGGGGUCUUUGUAAUCAACUAAUGCCCUUCCCCCAAAUUUCUGACCUCGCACCUAUUCUAGAAAGCAUUAUUAUUAUUAUUAU